UGUGGUGAAGGAACGGAUUGUCGAGGAGGUGAAGGCUGCGAAGUUUGUAGCCAUCCAGGCUGACGAGACCACCGAUGUCAGCACGCAGACUCAGCUGGUUCUUGUUCUCUGUUACGGCUCCAGGAUGUUAGCUUGCUACGUCUAGGGGGGGGAGUAGGGGAACCAUAACACAUAUUACUGUUAGGCUGACUGGGAGAACAACAAAACAGGGCACAACAGCAAACUGGAUACGUAAGUGUGUUUAUUUAGCUAGCGAUCCGCCAAGGGGAAUAGGGAACCAUAAGCGGAGCCAAAUCAAAGAAAACAAGAUAAAGUGACAACUAAUUAGUGCACACAUACAACCUAGCUAAUACAUACAGAGGGUGGCCCCGCUCCUAACCUGAUGUGAUAACAGAGUAUGGUCUACGUGAUGGCAGUGUAAACCCAAGGGUAUCUUACCUAUUCACCUAAACCCCUAUGGCAUCUCACAAACAAAAGGCAACAGCACGACACAGCCAAACACACAGGCAGACAAUGGCCUCCUCUUGGAGACCAACAGGUGCAAGUUAUCAAGGCCUGAUGACACUGAUUGGCCAACAGACAGCUCCCAGAUUGGACAGGGGGUUGGACGAUGGUGGAGGAACAGCCAAUGGUGUGAGACCUGCAGAGAAUGAGAGGGGAGACACAGGAAAACAACCACACCCGUAACAUUCUCCGAUACAUCGACGGCAAGUAUGCAGUGCAUGAACGUUUUUUUGAGUUUCUUCCCCUCACCGAGUCAACGGCGACCUCUAUAGCGAAUGUGAUCCUGGAGCGACUGAACAGUCUGUUUUCCGACGACGAGAGAGAGAAACUAAUCGCUCAAGCGUAUGAUGGUGCCAGUGUGAUGAGGGGAGAGAAGGCUGGUGUGCAGCAAAAGGUGCGUGAACACUUCAAAAAUGCACAUUAUGUGCAUUGUUACGCACACCAACUGAACCUGAUCAUGCAGCAAGCCACAUCCAACAUAAGCAAAGUGAAGGUUUUUUUCUCUGAGCUGAGUGGGAUUUCGAGUUUUUUUUCCCCAAGAGGACCAGCAUUCUCGAUCAGGUCGUCGCCCGGAGACUGCCGAGGGCUUCAGCUACAAGAUGGAAUUUCAACAGCAGGAUCGUCAACACUGUCAGUGAGAAUCGAGCCGACCUCAUUGAAUGUUUCGAAACCAUCAAGACAUCAUUUGACCAACCAACAGUGAGAGAGGCAUCUGGGUUCAUCCGAAUGCUGCAAGAUGAAGACUUCGUUUUUUUCUUGAGCGUUUUUCACAACAUCAUGCCCCAUGUGGACAUCCUGUACCAGCAACUCCAGCAGAAGGACAUCGAUGCAGUACUCAUCCAGCGGGCCCUCCAGAGGUUCACAAGCAGUGUGCAGGCCAUAAGGGGCUCCCCCUCACUUCAGCAGGUCCAGGGAGAACCAGCUGCCAAACGAAGGACAGCGUUGGGAGAGGAAGAAAAGCAGAGGAUGGCUAAAGAGAUCUGUGACACCAUCUUGGCUCACUGCAAGGAGCGGUUUUCCUUCACCGACCACCUAGUUAGUGCCACCUUACUGCAAGGAGAUCUGUUUGGAAGGUACUGCCAUUCAUUUCCAACCGAAGCGCUGCAUGCCACUGUGAAGGCAUACCCCAUGCUGGAUCAAGCAAAGCUGCACACAGAGCUCUCCCUCAUCUACGAAAACCCAGAGUUUAAGGGAUGUUGUGGUGCACUGGCACUUUACCAGCUGCUCAUGUCCUACAACCUACAGGACACGUUCUCAGAGACUGUUGCUCUGUUGAACAUCAUUAUCACCACACCCAUGACCACCUCUGAAGCAGAGAGAUGCUUCUCAACUUUGAAGAGGAUAAAGACCUUCCUGCGCAACUCCAUGGGCCAGGAACGUCUUAACGCCCUGGCCAUGCUUUCAAUGGAACGGAAACUUGUCCUUAGCAUGCCUGACUUCAAUGAGAGAGUCAUUGACUGCUUUGCUGCAUUAAAAGAGAGACGCAGCAAAUUCCAGUACAAGUGA